UAUUGUUAAAAAAAUUUUAGUUUAAUAUAUAAAAUACACUGAUAAAGAAUUCAAUUGAUUGAUCCAAAUGGUCAGAUUAGCCGGCGGUGGUGGCGGUGAUCGCUAUGAAUACGAUACAAACCGUUUGUCUUGGAGGACAACAAAAACAUGGAUUGAACUGCUAUUGGCACCUAUUAUAGUAAUAACCGCAUUAUAUACGGCAUCGAUCGGACCGAUCUCAACAUUAGUAACAUUAUUGGCUGUUUUGCCGACAAUCAUAUACAGUGCCCGAAGAUAUUAUUUAACUAUUAAUCGAUUAACGCAAACAAAAUUUUUUCUAUCGUGGAGUAUAUCAACUCUUGUGAUUCUUAUAUCUGUCUUUGAGUUGGAAGUAGUGCCAUAUCUUGAGAUAUUGAUUGUCGAAAAUUUUGUACUAAUAUUGUUGACUUCAUCGGCAGUUAUAUUGGUUUUGUUUAUCCGAAAGAAUCAAACAGUAGAUAAUAACAGUAGUAAUAGUCUUAUUCAAAGUCAUAUAAUUACAAAUUGUGAUCAAAUUAAUUGUAAUUAUAACUAUUGGAUUCAAUCGUAUAUAUCAAAUAGAUUUAAUAGCAUUUAUCUAAUAAGUCAAUUGUUGACAUUAAUGGCACUGAUAUAUGGAUCUCAGCUAACAUUGACAACAAUAUGUCAUUCAAGUCUUAUGUAUCAAACAAUAUUGAUUCCCGAAGACUGUUCCGAUGUCUACUUUGACAGCGACAUUAAAUUAUGUUUUGUAUCAUCGAUUUACUCGCUAUUAAUCGCCGCCUGUAUUAUACUAUGUCUAUCGAAAUCAUUGAUAAAAUUGUGGUUUUUUAAAAAGCAAACUCAUGUCAAAUAUGUACAAUUAAAUAAGUUUAUUGAACAAUUAUUAAGUUCAAGGUAA